GAAGUUUUUUUAUCCUUAUUUUUCCCCCAAAAAAAAGAAAAAAACCUCAAUUUCAUUUUUGUCCAAAACUCACACACUAAUAAUCUUACUUUCCAAGCUCUAAUUUUACAUUUCUUCAAAAUACUAAUUUAUUAGUAAGUUAAUUUCCCUCCAAACGGCAAGAAGAUAUUCCACAUUGCAUGUCCUCAUCAUGUCUCCUUUCCCCUCUGCAAAAAUUGUAUUUAGCUGUGCUUUUAACCCUUUUCCUCUCUCUCACCAUAUCUCCUAAUUGAUGAUAUUCCUCAAUCCUCAUUGUGAUUGAACUCAGUUCCUUGUCUUUUCGAAUCGUCCCCAACUUUUCUCUCUCUUUCUUCCUCUCUCUCUAUAUAUAUAUAAUAACAAACCGAACAAAUCACUCUGCUCUAGUUUGUAUUCACAGCAAAGUAUUUAUUAGUUUCGUCUCAGCCAUUUUGCUUUUUUACUUUUCUGAGCUUUUUCUUCUUCUUCUUCUUUUCGGAUCACCAUGGUGAAGAAUAUUUCUCAAACUUCACUUCCAGUUUUGUUAGCCCUUUUAAUAGUACUGUUGCCUUCCGUGGUUCUCGGAGACGGGUCAGACGAUCCGUGUGCGGCGUCAGGCGAAGAUCAUAACAAGAGCUUAGCACUCAAAUACAAAUACGGAGCCAUAGCUUCGAUUUUCACGGCGAGUUUGAUCGGAGUUUGUAUUCCGGUGUUAGGGAAGACGAUCCCUUCCUUGAGUCCCGAGAGCAACCUUUUCUUCGUCGUCAAAGCUUUCGCGGCGGGUGUGAUUUUAGCCACCGGAUUUAUCCACGUUCUUCCAGACGCUUUUGAGAGUUUGACUUCUCCGUGUCUUCCGGAGCAUCCGUGGGGAGAUUUCCCGUUCACCGGUUUUGUGGCUAUGGUUGCGGCGAUCGGGACGCUCAUGGUGGAUGUGUACGCGACGAGUCAUUACCGGAGUAAGUCCUCCGGUGAGAAGGCGGUUGCGACGGUGAAGGAGGAGGAGGAGAAUGGUGGUGGAGUUCUUCCGCUUCAUACGCAUGCAACUCAUGGCCACGCGCAUGGCUCUGUUCCAACUGAUUCUUCUCUCACUACCCAGCUUCGAUACCGUGUUAUAUCACAGGUUUUGGAAUUGGGAAUUAUAGUGCAUUCAGUCAUCAUUGGUAUAGCUCUAGGCGCAAAUAACAGCGCAAAAACAAUAAAGCCUCUAUUAGCAGCGUUGACGUUCCAUCAGUUUUUUGAAGGUCUUGGACUUGGCGGAUGCAUCACUCAGGUAACUAAUUAAUACCAAAAUCUAGGAUUUUCAUGAGUUCGAUCGCAUGCAAAAUAAAGUAAUUUGUGUUGUUUACGAAAAAACAUGUACGUAAUUUGUUUUCUUGGGGUCAAUGUUGUAGGCAAAAUUCAAAGCACAAGCAAUUAUUGUGAUGGCGCUUUUUUUCUCCCUAACUACGCCAGUAGGGAUUGCAGUUGGUAUUGGAAUAGCCCAUGUGUACGAUGAGAAUAGCCGUAAUGCUUUGAUUGUAGAAGGGAUUUUUAACGCAGCUUCAUCUGGAAUCCUAAUUUAUAUGGCGUUGGUGGACCUCCUUUCAGCCGAUUUCAUGAAUCCGAAGUUGCAAAAUAGUGGGAAACUUCUCAUGGCAUGCAAUAUUUCUCUUCUCUUAGGUGCUGGUUGUAUGUCUCUUUUGGCUAAAUGGGCUUGAUUUUUAUUUUUUUUCUCCCUCCAGAAUUAGAUUCAUAGAUAAAAAUAGAUGGAUAAGUUUCUCCUUUCCGAAAUUUUUAAUGUAUAUUUCAAAAAGAUAUCUAAGAAUUAAAUGUUUUUUUUAUCACUGUAUAUUAUUAUAUCAUAUAUAGAGUUAUUAUCAGGGUACUCAAACUGAAAUUAGAGUCGACGUAUGUAUACUAUUUAGUAUUGAUGGCUUAUAGUUAACUUUUUGCUAACUCAGUCACAAUCAUUGCCCUUCCAUGAUAUUAUAAUUAUUAUUAUUAUUAUUAUUAUUAUUAUUAUUAU